CGCCGCCGCGGCUCGCCCCGAGUCGCCCGGCGCCGGCGGGGCACCUCGCUCUCCAUGGGGCUGAGGGACUGGCUGAGGACCGCGUGCUGCUGCUGCCCCUCCAAGUGCCUGGAGGAGCGCGCCGUGCCGGAGAAGGAGCCUCUGGUCAGUGGUAGCAAUCCAUAUUCUUCGUUUGGAGCCACGCUGGCGAGGGAUGAUGAAAAGAAUUUGUGGAGUAUGCCUCACGACGUGUCCCACACAGAGGCAGACGACGACAGGAUCCUGUACAACCUGAUCGUCGUUCGUAAUCAGCAGGCCAAAGAUUCAGAGGAGUGGCAAAAACUCAAUUAUGAUAUCUACACCCUGCGGCAGAUUCGAAGGGAAGUGAGAAGUAGAUGGAAACGCAUUUUAGAAGAUUUAGGUUUUCAAAGAGAAGCAGACUCUUUGUUGUCAGUGACAAAACUUAGCACCAUCAGUGAUUCUAAAAACACAAGGAAAGCUCGGGAAAUACUGCUGAGACUGGCUGAAGAGACCAGUAUUUUCCCAACCAGUUGGGAGCUCUCGGAGAGAUAUCUCUUUGUUAUGGACCGUCUCAUUGCACUUGAUGCUGCAGAAGAGUUCUUUAAAAUUGCCAGUCGAACUUACCCCAAGAAGGCUGGGGUCCCAUGCCUGGCAGAUGGCCAGAAAGAACUGCACUACUUUCCUUUUCCAAGUCCCUAAAGGAGAAGCUUCGAGGCAGAAUGGGAAUUCUUCCACUGGACCUCAACAACCAACCAAAGUUGGGCAAAUGUGUGCAAACGAGAAUGAGCAAGAAGAGAGCUAGCUAAGAGAAAAAGGAUUUUGAAUCCUCCUAAAACCUAAGAGUUUGGAUAGCUGGUCAUCAUGAAACUCUAUGAAAUGUUGAGGUUGCAUUGAGACAUCCUGGUGAUCUUGCAUCAAAGAGUUGGUCAGUGGGCUGUUUUAUCAUGGGAGAUUAGAUUCUUUUGCCCCCAUUUUUAUAAGGAAAUGGCAACCCACUCCAGUAUUCUUGCCUGGAGAAUCCCAGGGACAGAGGAGCCUAGUGCUGUUUACGGGGUUGCACAGAGUCAGACAUGACUGAAGCGACUUAGCAGCAGCCCCCAUUUUGGUUUUGGUUGUAUAAUGAGCUUUGACCACUGAUCCUAUUAGGAGAAUGGGAUAUUCCAGUUAAUAAAAUAAGAUUACUGGAGCCAUCAUUGAGCCCAAAUAUGGAUUACCAAUUUUUAAGUAACUGUUAUAUAAUACAGGCUAACACCAAAACACUACCAGACAUGAUGUGACCUUCCUUGAUUUUGGAGCACCUACAGAACCUUGGAGGUGUUUGGAGCAUCCAUUGGAGAAUAUCCAGAAGUUUAGGUGUACCAAAUAAUAGAAAUAUCUAGGAGUGCUGCUCAGGAGGGAGUCCCAAGUAGAAUGAUCCCAAGUAGAACUCCAUGUAAAAGCUCUGUCUUCAGUUGUGGUACAGGCAUCUCAAAUUUUUAACAUUAGCAAUAUCUGGUUACCUCGUUUUUGCAUAGUGUCCAGCUCUGGUCCACAAGCCCCUGCCUGAUAUUUUAUCAGGGAUAUUUGACCUUCACUGCCUUCUCUUCUCUUUAGCCUGUUUCCAGCUUAUUGACUGAGAGUUGGACCUGCCCAGAGUCCUCCUCGCGUGUAUAUUUGCAAAUCUGUAGGCCGGGUUGCAUUGAAGAAAGUCAUUGCUGGACUUUCUUCCAUCCUGAAGAUGAUUUUCAGAAUGGAGCAUUUCUGUCAAUACAGUUUGCCACAGGUUGAGCAGCUCAGCUUCAAAAGUUAAUAGCCCCUUAAGCAAGGAGCUUGCCAUGAAAUCAGGGUUCAUUGUAUUGAAAAGAGCUUUUCAGGUUUAUCAGUGGAUUGCUGAAAAUAAUAGUAAUGUUCUUACUUUUACAGAUUUUGCUUUUAUAACUUCAAGUUUAAAAGUAACUUGUAUGUAGUCUGUGCAGGGGAUUGUGACUUGAAGAUUUCCCUACCCCAACUCGCUCUUUAGGUAGUGAAUACUUUGUUUAAAAUAUUUGUUAGAGGAGAUCCAUGUUAUCCAUUUAUGAAUGCAUUGCAGGCCAAUUAACUGACAUGUUUCAGGAAAAAUUUUCAUAGUUGAAUAAGUAAACAAAAAGUUUUAUUUUUUAAAAUAAAUAAUACAUUUUUAUUUUGUUUAGUUCUUAAUACCUCUCUCAUGUUGUUUAAAAUUAGCCUGCAGAUAUUUUCUCUCAUUUCUGUAGGCUCUUGCAAGAUAAACAUACAGUGAGACAAACAAAACCAAAAAAAAACAAUAAAUUAACAAAAUACAUUUGAAGAUCAUACUGUUUUCAUCCUUGUCCAUGGAAUUUGUGUUUUGUCUUUCUCCCUUUUUUGAUGUCAAAAUAGAGAAGAUUGUUUGCAUCUAUAGAAAUAGAGAAUAAAUUGUAACCAUAGUCUUUAUUUUUGGUAAUGAAUAAGUAAGGUUAAAACUGUCUCUAUGAUUAUAAAAACUCAUGGAAUUAUCCAAGAAACUUUCACUGCAAAGAAUUAAAAGGUUUCUAUAUUUACUUUUCA